UGCACACUACGCCACUGGCUCGAGCAUCACACUGAAAAACACGCACGGAUACACGGACACACCCCCUCCUCGCCAUGGCUUCGUGCAAGCUCUACUCCGUCGCCCUGCUCGUCGUCAUCCUCGCCGCCGGCCCGGCGACGCGGCCCGUCUCGGCGGCGUCGGCGCACCUCCACUUCUACAUGCACGACGUGCUGACGGGCCCGUCGCCGACGGCGGUGCAGGUGCUGAACGGUCCCCGGGGCCACUUCGGCGACACCGUCGUGAUCGACGACGUGCUGACGGAGAGCGCGUCGAGGUCGUCGUCGGCGGUGGGGCGCGCGCAGGGGCACUACAUCUGGGCGUCGACGGGGAACCCCGAGCUGCUGGUGACCAUGAACGUGGUGCUCACCUCGGGACCCUACGCCGGCAGCUCCGUCACCGUCGUCGGCAGGGACGACAUCGGUGCGCCGGUGAGGGAGCUGUCGGUGGUCGGCGGCACGGGGAGGUUCAGGAUGGCGCGAGGGUACGUGCUGUGGAAGACCGUCAGCCUCGACCACCCCAACGCCGUGCUCGAGCUCGACGUCUUCGUCGACGCCUGAGCUAGCUGAACGCUGGCUACUGUGUCAUCGGCGCGCGUCCGACGUGGCAACUUCCUCUCACCGGGUGACACGUGUUGGAAUGAAAUAAUUUACUUGCCGUAAAUAACGUCAUUUAAGAAUUGAGGUAGUAGUUGUUUUCUUUAUGAAAAUGGAGAAAUAAAGGAAAAUAAACAGUUUGAUGUAUCUCCACGUGGAUAUA